UUCCAGGCUUGGGUUGAGCCAUAAUAUUCAGGGUACCAAGCCCAAUAAGCCCAAACCGAAAGAUCAUUGGGAGCAAAUCAUAACCAAUGACCAAAUGAAGUUUCUUUCAUUUUCCUUCUCUUCCUUUCUUUUCCCUUCCUCUUUCUUUCCCUUUCUUUCCUUUACUAUAAUAUUGAACUAAACAAAGCCUAAAUUCUACUUUUUUUAAGAAGAAAGGCCUAAAUUCUACUUGUAUAUUAACUUUUCCAUUUUUAAUUUUUUUUUUAACUAUAAUCAUAACUUCUUACAUCAACACAAUAACUUUUCCACAAUAACUUUCCCUCAUCCCCUGAAUAUACAAAUAAUACAAUAAUCUACUCAUGUCAAAUUUGAGAAAUAAAAAAUAAUAACAAUAAGUAAUUAAUAUAUUCCGUGCUUUAGCAUGGAUAUGCUCUUAUUUCGUAUUAAUUUAAGAAUUGAUGACAUGAUAUGAGUCAAUCUAUAUAAUUUAAGUUACCAUUUCGUAUCACACUAUCAUGCCUUCAUUCGUGUAUUAUUCGAAAAUAAUUUUGCGACACUAUUUACAUGAGCCGCGAUAGACCGCUACCCGGUAUGGACACGUGUCCAAUACCAGGGGCAGUACAGUAAUUUCGUUGCUAAAGUUACUGGAUAAUGUUACCGCUGUAAAAACAAAUAGUAUUCUCUCUCUAGAUGUUACCGCUGUAAAAAAACUUCCUUUUUCUCUCUCUAAGAAAAGGUCACCGGAAAUCUCGUCGGAAAACUUUUCGAAAUCCUAGGGCAAAACCUAGCGAAGUAUACGGAAUUCGUUGAAACAAGCUCUUUGAAUUUGUUUAGAGAAGGAGUGUGGUCUGGAGCGACGAACGAGUGUGGGUCUGGUCUGGGAAUCACAGUUGAUCGGAAUUUCGCGAGCGUGAAGGAAUCAAAAGUUGCGAAUCAAUGGUAGGGCGAUGUCAGGGGGUAGAAGGGGUGGACGAAGAGGUGGACGUGCGGCGAGUGGUUCAGUUGAUAAGGACUAUGACGAAUUUAUUGAGUCUGAUGUUGAUGAUGAUUCUGGUGGGAGGGAUGUGCCAAAGGUUGUAUGUGCAGGACGAUACACUUAGUGAGGGUGGUAAGAUGAAGAAACUAGGCAAAGUCAUUCAGAGAUGCGAGGAGGAGCUGAAAAGGCCUGAAAAUGUUAAUUGUCGCGUGGAGAGUUUUGGUUUAAUUAAUAAUGGAUUUUGCGACAAAAAAAGGAAGAUAGUGAAGGAGAUGGGAUUUGCUGGGUUGUAUGCAUCAGUUGACAGGCAGCUUUCGAGGGAGUUGGCUUAUUGGCUUGCAACGAGGGUUGAUGUACCCUCUAAUUGCUUGAUUACUCUUGACGGGAAAGAGUUUCCAUUUGACCCUGUCGAAGUCCAUUGGGUACUUGGCAUUCCUAAGGGGCCCAAGCCGGUUCCGAAGAAAGCAGUUGAUGAGGACAUGAAAAUUUUUGUUCAAGGCGUGGUUAAUCAAUUCAGUUUGACUACCCCUAGUCGUGUGAGGGGGAUACCAAGGAAAAAUUUAGUGGAUGCAUUAGAAGCUCCACUUGAGGAUGUGGUUGAGUUUAAGGUUGCCUUUCUGCUACUAGCCCUAGCUGUUAUACUGUGUCCUACAACAUCCCAUAGGCUGUGCUCUACUCUAAUCCCAGCAGCAUUUGCAGCAAAUGACACUGAGUCCUAUGAUUGGUGUAAGUUAGUUAUAGAUCAACUUAUGUACUCGAUUAGUAGCUUAGCAAGGAGGUUUUACCCGAUGGGUUUUGCCAAGGGAUGUGGAGGGUGUACCAUCAUUCUUUCGAUAUUCUAUCUUGAUCGGUUGAGAAGGCCCCCUUUGAAAUGGGGAGUCCUUCCUAGGCUGAAAGUUUGGACACUAGAAGAGAUCAACAAGGCUGAUCGGUACAUGAAUGGGGAUUUUGGAAAAUUGGGGACUGUCAAUGUUGCGUAUGGUCGGCCACACGAACGAAGUGCCAUGGACGUUAUGCCAGUGAAGAGACGUGCUGUGGCUUCUAAGGUUGUGGAAGCGUUAUUGAACUCUGUCGAAGUGGAAGAGGAGGAUGUGGAAGAACUUAUUUGCACGCAAGGUGUAAGGAAGCGUGUGAAGGAUGGGCAAGGCUAUUUUGGAUGGAAUAAGGCGUCAGGGUCUUGUUCUGGUGACCUGUUUGUCCAUGAUUACAUUUCUAGUGGUUUAAUGUGUAGCCUGGUUGUGAAUAAUGGGUGGGAAGGAAGGGAGUGGCAGGAGAGGGGAGAAAGGGAGCGUAAGGAGAGGGAGGAAAUUCUGGCAAGGGAGAGGCAGGAGAGGGAAGAAAGGGAGCGUAAGGAGAGGGAGGAAAUUCUGGCAAGGGAGAGGCAGGAGAGGGAAGAAAGGGAGCGUAAGGAGAGGGAGGGAAUUCUUGAGAGGGAGAGGCAGGAGAGGGAGAAACUGGAGAAGGAGAAGGAGAAGCAGAAGCAGAAUUUUGACAAGGCGAACCUGGAGCAGGUGAACCUGGAGCAGGAUAAGCAGGAGAAGGAGAACCUUGAUCAAGAGAACGGAGAGAAGAAUGAUAACCUGGACAGCCAGGAGAACCUAGAGAGAGAGGCUAGGAUAAUACGGGGACCACGGAGUCUGGAGAUAAAUGAUUUAGAGAUACCUUUUUGCUCGGAUGACGAUGAUGCCGAAUCAGUUCAUUCACCAUCGUCUUUGAAUUCCUGUGGUGAACGUAGUCGUCGCAAACGGAAGACAACAGCCACACCUAGGAAGCUAGUACAAGGAUAUGUAAGUUGUCGGCGGCCUAGGAAGUAUCAUAGAUUCCGCCAUUGUAUCUUGGACUAUGUUAGGGUGCACUCCAAUUUCUCUCCGAGAAGGCAGCAGACGGUGGAUGAAGAUCCGGUGAUGCUAAGCUGUGACGGACAUCAAGCAACACUAAGAAUAUGUGCUGGAAUAGGUUUGACUAGGGGCCAAGUUGGUAUCAGUAUGUGCGGGUGGCCGGGAGGUUGUAUGAAAAAGUAUAGGCAAAGCGGUUUGAAGGUCGGAGUGGAAGGUUCAUGUUGGAUCCCGCAUUUGCGAUGUGUGUUUUGCAAAGGAAGUCUGCAGAUGACCUGGACCGGACAACCCGAGUGUACACAAGGCAAUUGUCCGGUUUAUCUCCUAACUGGAUUAAUGUGGUUUUUGUGCCCGUUGUACUGGAUAAUCAUUGGUGGUGUGUUGCCUUUUCUGUGAAUCGGGAAGAGAUUCUUGUGAUGGAUUCUAUCGAGACGUCUACAGUCACAGAGCUUCACUCCAUAAAUGUGAAACAACUGGCAUAUGCAAUGGAUCUUGUUUUCCAGCUUCUGGAUCCACAAUGGCCCUUAGGAACUGUAGGGAGCUGGGUCAAUACUUCCCUUAGAAUGGGUCAGCAGGGUGAUUUGUAUGUGUUAUUCCUUACCGUUACAUAUAUGACAUUGAGGUUCAUCAUAAUAUGCAUGCAUUCUGGUAACUGUUUGUGUCUCUUUGUGUACCACCUUAAUUACUCCUCCCUCCAGGCAUAGUUGUGGAGUGCAUAUGCUGGCUGCCAUCAAGCGGAACGCGGAGAGGCUCCUCACCGAACUGUCA